CCUCACUCCUGUCCAGGUGAAGAGUGAAGAUGAUGGAGCAACCAGCAGCUGGACUCAACACAUGAAGACAGAAGCUGAUGGAGACACCUGUGGAGGAGCAGAAGCAGCCAGUGACUUGGAUACACCUCUCCUCCCUGACCACCAGAGGUCGCCUUGUUCUGACUCUGACACGGAUGACAGUGAGGACUGGAGAGAAACCUGUGACACUCAAUCAGGUUCAAAGUCUGUGCAGAAUCCAAAGGUUCAUUUCGGUGAGAAGAAAGAUGAUGAUCCUGAAUCACUUACCUGCUCUGAAUGUGGGACAAAAUGUUCUUCAAAGUCUGGAAUAAAACGGCACCUGAAGUCCUGCAGUGGACUUUUGACUUGUUCUGUUUGUGGAAAAUGUUUCAGAAGGAGACGUGAUCUGAAUCUUCACAUGAGACGUCACCCUGGAGAAAAAGCUUUCGUCUGCUCUCACUGUGGUAAAUGUUUUUCUCAGAGCAGGGACCUGAAGACUCACACAAGAACGCACACAGGAGAAAAACCCUUUGUCUGCUCUCAGUGUGGUAAACGUUUUACCCAGUGUGGACACCUAACGGCCCACUUAAGAAGUCACACGGGAGAAAAGCCUUUCAGUUGCUCUCAGUGUGGCAGAUGUUUUGCGCAGAGAUGGGACCUGAAGACUCACAUGAGAACUCACACAGGAGAAAAACCUUUCCAAUGCUCCCAGUGUGGCAAAUGUUUCGCACUGGGAUAUCAACUGACAGCCCACACAAGGAUUCACACUGGAGAAAAGCCUUUCAGAUGCUCUCACUGUGGUAAAUGUUUUGCGCAGAGCAAUUACAUGUCGCUGCAUAUGAGAAUUCACACCGGAGAAAAACCGUUCCGGUGCUCUCUCUGUGGUAAACGUUUUUCACAGGGCAGGAACCUUCGGUCUCAUCUAAAACUUCAUACCGGGGAGAAUCUUUUCGUCUGCUCUGUCUGUGGUAAAGGUUAUACGCUGAACCACUCCCUGAAGAUACACAUGAGAAGUCACACUGGAGACUAAACUUUCCUGUGCUGUGUCUGUGGUAAAUGUUUUUCACAGAACUGGGGCCUUAUUUAUCAACUGUGUGUACGCAAAAAUAUAUGAUUGAAAUUUUUUUUAUCAAAAUAAAGAACUUGAACUCUGGUUCACGUCUCAUUUCGGUCAUGAAGAGCAAACAAUCCAGUUGUGCUGUCAUGAGCCAAUAAUGACCAUGAUCAUGGUUAAGAGCAUCAAAGCAUGUGCAAGACAUUGUAUAAAACAAAUAUGACUAACAUGAACUCGCAGCACAGGAACAGCCACUGCUCGCUGAGGAAUCCCACACAACAACUUUGUUUCUGCACCAAGUGAAAAGCUGUUUCCCUCCACCAAGUGCUCCC